GAAAAUAGCAAUGACAUGAACCCGCGCGGAACAGCUGCCGGCGCGGUGUCCAGGGCAGCACCCCGCCCGGUCCCGGCUCCUCCAGCCCUGGGCCCGACCCCUACUACGCCUCUGCCUCGACGCGAAUGCGGAGCCCGAGCGCGCGUCACGCCGUGUGGGGCCGAAGAGGCUGCUACCCAGAGGCGGAGUGCGGGCUCGCGAGGGUCCCCACCCCACUCUCGCUCCCGCCAGCACCUACGGACUCGCGUCCCCGCCGCGCGCCGACUCGGGAGCAGCACCGCCCCCGGCACAGGAGCCUCACGCGCCUCUUACCUAACAGGAAGUUGGGUGGAAGCAGCGCGGACCCACGGCGCACCGAACGCACUCCAACAGAACCUGACGCAGACACGCGCUUUCAACCGGCGGAGACACCGGCAGGGCCAGAAACGCGCGCAGCGGGGGCGGGAGGUCAGUAAGCGCCCCGCCCCUGCCCGAGACCCCGCCCCGGCCCGGCCCCGCCUUUUUCUCUGCCUCCCCUCCCUGCACGUACGGGCCCCGCCCCUCGCGCGACGUGUUUUGUUGACCGGGAAACGGGUUCUCCGGAGCCAAGGUCCGCUCGGGCCCUACGUCUCCGCAAACCCCACGCUUCGGGGUGACCGCCUCAGACAGGACCCUGAGUCCGAGACUGGAGUAGGGGACCUGCCCGAUCCUGUAACAACCCUCGUGCUUCUGCACAGUCGCCUCCCACUAGCGUAUCUUAAACAGUGAAGAUGGAGAAAUAUUCAAUAAUGAAGAGCAUGAAUAUGCAUCCAAAAAAAGGAAAAAGGACCAUUUUAGAAAUGACACAAAUACUCAAAUGGCAUGGCUAUUGCACCUUGGGAGAAGCCUUUAAUCGGUUAGACUUCUCAAGUGCAAUUCAAGAUAUCCGAAGGUUCAAUUAUGUGGUCAAAAGGCUGGAAAGCUAACAGCUCCAUUUCAGACUCUUGCAGCCUGGGCUCUGGGAGGAGAUAUGCUUCCACUAACUAAAUGAAUGCCUGCAAGACUAGAAGACAGAGCUGCAGGCUGCGGCUGCCUCAGCUCCCUUGUAUGAAGGUCUCUUCAGGUGCUGUUGUAGGAGCAAGGGAUACAAUGAUGAUCAAGGCAGAUGCAGCCGUUACCUUCAGGUCGUGGAGUCCGGAUACAGACUGGAGGCAGGCAGCUGUAAGAUGUGUGACAAAUGCUGCGCUGGAUCAGCCCAUGGUAUUAGGAGAGCAGGUAAGGAAGGGUGGGGACGGGAGCGGACAACCUGGAGGAAGAGGCACCUAAGCAGAGUCCAGAAGGCUGAGGAGGAGUCAGCAGGUGAAAGAGAGGGGAAUCAUGGCAUACCAUCUCAACUGUAGGGCACGGCUAGCUGGCUGACUUAGCUGCUGUAACACCGGAUUUUUGCAAGACUCCCUGAGUAUUUCUCGUGGAUUUGCGAACAAAUCUGAGCAAGAAAACCACGUAAUUUCUUUUAUGCCCUGCCCAAGAAAGCCACCUGGAGGGGCAAGGGGACCUUAGCAGAAAGAAGCUGGAGGUGGUGGGAGAGCAGGGUGAUAUUACUCUCCAUAUGGUAGGGGGUGGACACCUCCCUGUCAUAUGGCUCGUAAUAUCCAGCGGGGGAGAGGGGGUUGACUUUCCCCUACGUUGUUGGUAAUAUCACCCCCCUCUCUCCCGCUAAAUAUUAAGUACAAUAUCACAGGUGGGGUGUACACCCCCGGCGAUGUUUGAAGUAAUAUCAACUUCUCCCCCUCUGGAUGUUAGAAACAAUAUCACAGGGGGGUGUACACCCCCCUGCGAUCCUGGGAGUAACAUCAUCCUCUUUCCCCCGGAUAUUAGGAACAAUAUCAUGGGGAGGGGGGUGCACACCCCCUGCGAUAUUGAAAGUCAUAUCAUCUUCUUUCUCCCCGGAUAUUAGGAACAAUAUCACAGAAGGUGUUUACAACUUUUGCAAUGUUGGGAGUAAUAUCAUCCUCUCUCACCCUAGAUAUUCAGAACAACAUGACAUGGGAAUUGUACCCUUUUGUUUAUUGAGAGUAAUAUCAUCCUCUCCCUUUCUGUAUAUUAGAAACAAUAUCACAGAGGGCUGUGUACACCCCCAGGAAUGUUUUGAGUAAUAUUAUCCUCUCUCUGCCUGGAUAUUUGGAACAAUAUGACAGGAGUUGUGUACACCCACUGUGAUAUUUGGUUUAAUAUCAACUUCUAUCCCCUGGAUAUUGGGAGUAAUAUCUAUCUUUAGCCCCUGGAUACUAGGGACAAUAUCACAGGAGGGGUGUAUACACACGGCGCUAUUGGGAGUAAUAUCAUUUUCUCCACCCCUUGACAUUAGGUACAAUAUAACAGUGGGGACGUGUACCCCCUGGGAUAUUGGGAGUAAUAUUAAUCUCUUCCCCUGUGGAUGUUAGGAACAAUAUCACAGAAGGGGUGUAUACCCCCAGCGAUAUUGGGAGUAAUAUCAUCCUCUCCCAAAAUGGAGAUUAGGAACAAUAUCACAGGAAAGGUGUACACCUCUUCUGAUAUUUGUGGUAAUAUCAUCUCCUCCCCUCAUUGAUAUUAGGAACGAUAUCACAAGGUGUGUACAGCCCCUGCGAUAUUGGGAGUAAUAUUAUUCUCUCUUCCCCUGGAUAUUAGAAAUAAUAUCACAGGCGGAGUGUACAGCCAACCCCCUGUGAUAUUGGGGGUAAUGUCAUCCUCUUUUAACCUGGAUAUUAGGAACAAUAUCACAGGGGGCUUGGACACUUCUUUCGAUACUGGGAGUAAUAUCAUCCUCUCCACAAGUAAAUAGUAGGAAAAAUAUCAAAGAAGGUGUGUACACCGCUUGUGAUAUUGGGAGUAAUAUCAUCCUACCUCACCUGGAUAUUAGAAAAAAUAACGGGGGGCGUUUACACCACCUGCGAUAUUGGGAGUAAUAUAAUUUUCUACCCCAGUGGAUAUUUAGAACAAUAUCACAGGGGCAGUGUACACCCUCUGAGAUAUUGCGAGUAAUAUCGUUCUCACCCCGCCGCCCCCACCCCAGAUAUUAGGAACAAUAUAACAGGCAGAUUAUACACCUGCCGCAACAUUGAAAGUAAUAUCAUCCUUUUCCCCCUGGAUAUUAGGAACAAUAUCUUAUGGGGGGUUUACAGCCCAUUCCAUUUUGGGAGUAAUAUCAACUUCUUCAUUGCUGGAAAUAAGAAACAAUGUAGCAGUUCUGGUGUACACACCCUGUGAUAUGGGCAGUAAUAUCAUAGACUCUCCCCCGGCAUACUAGGAACAAUAUCAAAAAGGGGUGUAUACCCACAGCGAUUUUGGGAUUAAUAUCAUACUCUCCCCCCUGGAUAUUAGGAACCAUAUCAAAGAAGGAGUGUCUACCCCUUGCGAUAGUGACAGUAAUAUCAUCCUCUCCCUCCCUGGAUAUUAAGAACAAUACCACAGAAUUGGUGUACACCCACUACGAUCAUGGGAGUAACGUCAUCCUCUAACCCCUGGAUAUGAAAAACAAUAUCACAGAGGAGGUGUACACCCCUCGCGAUAUGGCCAGUAAUAUCAUCGUCUCCUCCACUGCGUAUUAGGAACAAUAUCAAAGGGGUGUGUACACCUCCUGCGCUAUUGGGAGUAAUGUCAUUCUCUUUUCCCCUGAAUAUGAGGAAUAAUAUCACUGAUGGGGUGUACAACUCCUACGAUAUAGGCAGUAAUAUCAUCCUCUCCCAACCUGGAUAUUAGGAACAAAAUAACAGGACGUGUACACCCCCUGCGAUACUGGGAAUAAUAUCAUCCUCUCUCCCACUUAAUAUUAGAAACCGUAUCCCAGGAAGAGUGUAAACCCUCUGAGAUAUUGAGAGUAAUAUCAUCCACUCCCUACCUAAAUAUUAAAAACAAUGUCACGGGAGGGGUGUACACCCCUACAAUAUUGGGAGUAAUAUCAUCCUCUCCCUCCCUAGUUAUUAGAAACAAUAUAAAAGGGGUCACGUACACCCCCUGUGAUAUUGGGAGUAAUAUUCUAAUCCCCCCUGGAUAUUAGGAAGAAUAUUAUACAGGAGAUGUACACCCCUUGACAUAUUGUGAGUCAUAUCAUUUCUCUUCCCUUGGACAUUAGGGACAACAUCACGGGGGGGGGGGGUGUCCCCUGUUAUAUUGAAAUUAUUAUCAUCCUCUCCCAAACUGAAUAUUAAAAACAACGUCACGGGGGUAUUGUGACCCCAGCAAUAUGGACAGUACUAUCAUUGUCUCCCUCCCUAAAUAUUAAGAACAGUAUCACAAGAGGGGUGUACACCCCCUGCGAUAUGGCCAGUAACAUCAUCGUCUCUACCUUUGGAUACUAGGAACAACAUCACAGAGGGUGUGUACACCCCCUGCGAUAUUGGGCAUAAUGUUAGCCUCUCUUCCCCUGGAUAUAAGGAACAAUAUCCCUGGUCGGGGGAGGUGGAGUACAUUAAGAACAAUAUCUGAAGGAGGUGGGUGUACACCCCCUGAGAUAUUGGGUGUAGUAUCCUCUCUUUCCUAGGAUAUUAAGAACAAUAUCACAGGAGGGGUGUACAGCCCCUGCGAUAUUGUGAAUAAUAUCACCCUAUCCCCCUCUCUAUAUAAGGAACAAUAUCCCGGGGUGGGUGUACAUCCCCUGCGAUAUUGGGCGUAAUGUCAUCGUCUCCCAACGUGGAUAUUGGGAAUAAUGUCACAGGGGGGUGUACACCUUCUUCGAUAUUGGGAGUAGUAUCGUCCUUUCCCCUCGGGAUUGUAGGCAAAAUAUGGAAGGGGUUUUACAACUCAUGCGAUAUGGACAGUAAUAUCAUCCUCUCUCCACCUAGAUAUUAGGAACUAUAUCACAGGCGGCUGUACACUUGUUACGAUAUUGGGAGUAAUAUCCUCUCCCAUCAUGGAUAUUAAGAACAAUAUUCCAAAGGAGGUGUACACCCCCUGCGAUACUGAGAGUAAUAUUAUACUCUCUCCUUCGGGAUAUUAGGAACAAUAUCGCAGGAGGUGUGUACAACCCCUGUGAUAUUGGGAGUAAUAUCGUCUUCUCCCCCUGAAUAUAAGGAACAAUGUCACAGGAGGAUGUACACCCCCUGGGAUAUUGGGAGUAAUAUCAUUUUCUCCCCCUCGAGAUAUUCGGAACAAUAUCACAGUGGGUGUGUACAGCCGCUGCGACAUUGCCACUAGUAUCAUCCUCUCCCUCCCAGGAUAUAAGGAACAAUGUCACAAGGGGUGUACACCCCCUGCGAUAUUGGGGGUAGUAUCUUCCCCUCCCCCGCUGGCUAUUAGGAACAGUGUCACAGAAGGGGUGUCCACUCCCUGCUAUAUUGGGAGUGAGAUCAUCCUCUCUGUCCCUGAAUAUUAGGAACAAUAUCCCUAGGGAGUGUACACCUCCUGCAAUAUUGAGACUAACAUCAUCCUCUCGCCCCCUGGAUAUUAGGAUCAAUAUCACAGGGGUGGUGUACAUCCCCUGCGAAACUGGAAGAAAUAUCAUCCUCUCCACCUUUGGAUGAUAGGGACAAUAUCACGGGGGAAGUCUACGCCCCCUGCGAUAUUGGGAGUCAUAUCAUCCUCUCCCACCCAGGAUAUUAGGAAAAAAGAUGACCGAAGGGAUGUAUACCCACUGCGAUAUUUUUCAUAAUGUCAUCCUCUACUCCCUGGCAAUUAGGAAUAACAUCAUAGAGGGGUGUACACUUUCUGUGAUAUUGGGAGUAACAUCCUCUACCCCUCGGAUAUCGGGAACAAUUAUAUUAAGUAUUAAUAUUCAUAAAUAUAAUAAUUAAUAGAAAUCAUCGAUAUAAAUAAUUACUAUAAAGAUAGUAAAAGUUAAUACGGAUUAAAAAUAUUAAUGGUUACUAUUAGUAAUUAAUAGCAACCUCACUAUUAAUAAUAACAUAAUGAUAUCGGUAAUUAAUGUUAAUUAAAUCAAUACGUGAUGUUGGUAAUAAAACAAUAAUUAAUAUUAAGAUUAAUAACUAAUAUUGAAAAGUGACAAUACUAAUAAUUAAUUUUAAUCAUGCAUAAACAUAUUUAAAGUAAUCAUUAAUGAUUAAUAACGUUAUACUAUUAAUAUUACCAUUGAUAAUUAUUAAGACUGAUGUUUAACAAUUAAUAAUAUUAAGAUUGAUGCUUAAUAAUUAAUCGUAUUAUUUCUCCUAAUACUGCAGGGGGUGUACACCUACCCGAGAUAUUGUUCCUAAUAUCCAGGGAUGGAGAGCAUGAUAUUAGUUUUAAUAUCUCAGUAGGUGUACACUCACCCUGUGACACUGAUCCUAAUAUCCAGGGAGUAGAGUAUGACAUGACUCCCAACACAGCAAUGAAUGUACAGCCACCCGGUGAUAUUGCUCCUAAUAUUCACGGAAGAAGAGUAUGAUAUUACUCCCAAUAUCGCAGGGAGUGUACACCUCUUCUGUGACAUUGUUCCUGGUAUCCCGCGGGGGAGAGGAUGAUAAUAAUUAAAGUAUUGCAGGCUGUGUUCACUCACCCUGUGAUAUUGUUAUAAAUAUCCUGAAAGGGAGAGGACGAUAUUACUUCCUAUAACAGAUAGAUAUUACUCCCCAUAACAGAGCAGGAGGUGUACACCCACCGUGUGAUACUGUUCCUAAUAUUCAGAGGCAGAGAGGUCGAUAUUACUCUCAAUAUCGCAGGAAGUGUACACCCCCGUGUGAGAUGGUCCUUAAUAAUAUUCCAAGGCAGAGGGGGUGAUAUUACUACAUUUAUCGCAGAAAGUGUACACCCCCCCAGGGAUGUUGUUCCCAUGAUCCUGGAGAGAAGAGGAUGAUAUUAGUUUAAAUAUGACAGAAGGUGUACACGCCCCCACUGAUAUUGUUUCUAAUUUCAGUGUGGGAGAGGAGGAUAUGACACCCAAUAUCGCAGGGAGUAGAAACACACCUGUGAUACGGUUCUUAAUAUUCAGGGUGGAAGAGGAUGAUAUUACUCCCAAUACAGACAGGUGUACAACCUCUGCACACCGAGGGUGUACACCCAUCUGUCAAACAGCACAUAAUUUCCAGAGGGGGAGAUAUUACCCCCAAUAUAGUAAACAGGCUGUGAGUCCACCGUGGAUCGUAAUAACUCAGGGGGGAGAGGAGGUGGCUCUUACUCCCCAUAUCGCGGGGUGUGCCUCACCCCACUGCGAGGUGGAUCAUAAUAGCGAGGGGGGGGAGAAGGGGUGGCUGUUACUCCCCAUAUCGCGGAGGGUGCCUCACGCCCCUGACAUGUGGAUCGUAAUAAAUAGCCGGGGGGGGGGGGAAAGGGGGUGGCUCUUACUCCCCAUAUCUCAGGGGGUGACUCACACCCCUGCAAUGUGGAUCAUAAUAAAUAGCUGGGGGGGAAAGGGGGUGGCCCUUACUCCCCAUACCGCGGGGGGUGCCUCACCCCCUGCGAUGUGACCUGUGUCCGUUGUGAGCAUUCUCUUUUUUCCUGCUAUUAGGAACAACUUCACAGAGUGUGUGUACACAGCCUGCUAUAUGAAAACUAAUAUCCUCUGCACCUCCGCAUAUACGGACCAUAUCACACACUGGGUGUACACUUUUUGCGGGAUUUGGGGUCAUGUCAUCCUGUGUUUCCCUAAAUAGUCGGGGAAAUAUCACAGGCCUAUUCGGAGGCACAUCCUACUUUUGCUACUGGAAAUUAGGAGUAAUGUCACAGAUGGGGUGUAAAGCCGCUGUCAUAUUUGAAGUAAUAUCAUGCUCUCCCCCACUAGUUGUGACGCACAGUAUCACAGGGGGUAUAUACCUUCUGCGGUAUUGGGAGUAAUAUCAUCAUCUCUUCCUUUAUAUGAUAGGAACAACAUCAGAGACGGGGUGUAUACCCCGUGUGUUUUUGAAAGCAAUGUCAUUCACUCUUCUAGAUUUUACGAUUCAUAUCACAGGCGGGGUGUGCACCUUCUUAUAUUGGGAGUCAUCGGAUCGUUUUUCAAGCUGUAUAUUUAGAACAAUAUCCCAUGGGGCUGUACAUGUCUUCGAUACUGGUCGUAAUAUCAUCUUGUCCUUUCCUGGAUACAAGAAAAAAUAUCACAGACGAGGUGUACACCCCUUGUAAUAUUGGGAGUAAUAUCACCUCUCCCCAUGUGGUUAUUAAGGACAAAAUCACAGGGUGGUGUACAGUUCCUACUUUAUUGAGAGUAAUAUCAUCCACUCACCCCCUGGAUAUCAGGAGCCAUAUCACAGAAGAGUUGUACACCCCCUUCGAUAUUGUCAGCAAUAUCACCGUCUUCCCACCUAGAUAUUAGGAACAAUACCCCGGGGGGCUUGGGGGUGUACACCCACUGCGAGAUCCAGAGUAAUAUCAGCCUUUUCCCGCUGGAUAUUAGGAAGUAUAUCACAGGUGUGUGUGCACCUUCUGCGAUAUUGGGAGUAAUAUCAGCCUCUACCCCGCUGCAUAUUAGGAACAAUAUACGGGGGGCGUGGGGGUUACGCUCCCUGCGAUAUUGAGAGUAAUGUUAUUCUCUUCUCCCUGUACAUUAGGAACUAUAUCACGGGGUCUGUACACCUUCUGCCAUGUUGGGAUUAAUGUAAUCCUCUCCCCCCAUUGAAUAUCAAAAACAAUAUCACAGAAGGGCGUACACCCUCUGCGAUAUGGCCAGUAAUAUCAUCGUCUCUACCUUUGGAUACUAGGAACAACAUCACAGAGGGUGUGUACACCCCCUGCGAUAUUGGGCGUAAUGUUAGCCUCUCUUCCCCUGGAUAUGAGGAACAAUAUCCCUGGUCGGGGGAGGUGGAGUACAUUAAGAACAAUAUCUGAAGGAGGUGGGUGUACACCCCCUGAGAUAUUGGGUGUAGUAUCAUCCUCUCUUUCCUAGGAUAUUAAGAACAAUAUCACAGGAGGGGUGUACAGCCCCUGCGAUAUUGGGAGUAAUAUCAUCCCCUCCCCCUCUCUAUAUAAGGAACAAUAUCCCGGGGUGGGUGUACAUCCCCUGCGAUAUUGGGUGUAAUGUCAUCAUCUCCCAACGUGGAUAUUGGGAAUAAUGUCCCAGGGGGGUGUACACCUUCUUCGAUAUUGGGAGUAGUAUCAUUCUCUCCCCUCGGGAUUGUAGGCAAAAUAUGGAAGGGGUUUUACAGCUCAUGAGAUAUGGGCAGUAAUAUUGUCCUCUCUCCACCUAGAUAUUAGAAACUAUAUCACAGGCGGCUGUACACUUGUUACGAUAUUGGGAGUAAUAUCAUCCUCUCCCAUCAUGGAUAUUAAGAACAAUAUUACCAAAGAGGUGUACACCCCCUGCGAUAUUGACAGUAAUAUUUGGCUCUCCCCUUCGGGUUAUUAGGAACAAUGUCGCAGGAGGUGUGCACAACCCCUGCGAUAUUGGGAGUCAUACCAUCUUCUCCCCCUGAAUAUAAGAAACAAUAUCACAGUGGGUGCGUACAGCCACUGCGAUAUUGCCACCAGUAUCAUCCUCUCCCUCCCAGGAUAUAAGGAACAAUGUCACAAGGGGGCGCACACCCCCUGCGAUAUUGGGGGUAAUAUCUUCCUCUGCCCCGCUGGCUAUUAGGAACAAUGUCACAGAAGGGGUGUCCACUCCCUGCUAUAUUGGGAGUGAGAUCUUCCUCUCCGUCCCUGAAUAUUAGGAACAAUAUCCCUAGGGAGUGUACACCUCCUGCAAUAGUGAGACUAAGAUCAUCUUCUCACCUCCUGGAUAUUAGGAUCAAUAUCAUAGGGGUGGUGUACACCCCCUGCGAAAUUGGAAGAAAUAUCAUCCUCUCCACCUUUGGACGUUAGGGACAGUAUCACGGGGGAGGUCUACGCCCCCUGCGAUAUUGGGAGUCAUAUCAUCCGCUCCCACCCAGGACACUAGGAACAAGAUGACUGAACGGAGGUACACCCGCAGCGAUAUUUUCAAUAAUGUCAUCCUCUACGCCCUGGCAAUUAGGAGAAACAUCAUAGAGGGGUGUACACUUUCAGCGACAUCGGGAGUAAUAUCCUCUCCCCCACAGAUAUCGGGAACAGUUAUAUUAAUUAUUAAUAUUAAUAAAUAUAUUAAUAAUAGUAAUCAUCGAUAUUAAUAAUUGCAAUAGAGAUAGUAAAAGUUAAUACGGAUUAAAAAUGUUAACAAUUACUAUUAAUAACAAUAUCACUAUUAAUAAUAAAAUAAUGAUAUUAUUAAUCAAUGUUACAUAAAUCAGUCAUAAGUGAUGUUGGUAAUAAAACAAUAAUUAAUAUUAAGAUUAAUAACUAAUAUUGAAAAAUGACAUUAAUACAGAUAAUUUUAAUCAUGCAAUCGUACAUUUAAAAUAAUCAUUAAUGAUUAAUAAUGUUAUACUAUUAAUUAAUAUUACCAUUGAUAAUUAUUAAGACUGAUGUUUAACAAUUAAUAAUAUUAUUAAGAUUGAUGCUUAAUAAUUAAUCGUAUUAUUUCUCCUAAUACCGCAGGGGGUGUACACCUACCCGUGAUAUUGUUCCUAAUAUCCAGGGAUGGAGAGCAUGAUAUUAGUUUUAAUAUCUCAGUAGGUGUACACUCACCCUGUGACACUGAUCCUAAUAUCCAGGGAGUAGAGUAUGACAUGACUCCCAACAUAGCAAUGAAUGUACAGCCACCCGGUGAUAUUGCUCCUAAUAUUCACGGAAGAAGCGUAGGAUAUUACUUCCAAAAUCGCAGGGAGUGUACACCUCUUCUGUGAUAUUGUUCCUGGUAUCCCGAGGGGGAGAGGAUGAUGAUAAUUCCAGUAUCGCAGGCUGUGAUCACCCACCCUGUGAUAUUGUUAUUAACAUCCUGAAAGGGAGAGGAUGAUAUUACUCCCCGUAAUAGAUAGAUAUUACUCCCCAUAACAGAGCAGGAGGUGUACACCCACCCUGUGAUAUUGUUCCUAAUAUUCAGAGGCAGAGAGGUCGAUAUUACUCCCAAUAUGGCAGGAAGUGUACACCCCCGUGUGAGAUGGUCCUUAAUAAUAUUCCAAGGCGGAGGGGGAGAUAUUACUCCCAAUAUCGCAGAAAGUGUACACCCCCCCAGGGAUACUGUUCUCAUGAUCCUGGAGGGAAGAGGAUGAUGUCACUUUAAAUAUCACAGAAGGUGUGCACGCCCCCACUGAUAUCGGUUCUAAUUUCCACGUGGGAGAGGAGGAUGUGACGCCCAAUCACACCUGCAGUAGAAACACAGCUAUGAUACUGUUCUUAAUAUUCAGGGAGGAGGACGAUGAUAUUACUCCCAAAACAGACGGCUGUACACCCUCUGCACACCGAGGGUGUACCCCCAUCUGUGAAAUAGUUUAUAAUUUCCAGAGGGGGAGAUGAUAUCACUCCGAAUACCGUAAACAGGCUGUGAGUCCACCGCGGAUCCUAAAAACCAGGGAGGGAAGAGGGGCUGGCACUUACUCCCCGCAUCGCGGGGGGUGUCUCACCCCCUUGCGAUGGGGGUCCUAAGAGCCAGUGGGGGAUGAGGGGCUGGCUCUCAGUCACUGCCUCGCGGGUGGUCCUUCCCCCCGCUGCGAUGGGGGUCCUAAGAGCAAGGGGGGGAAGUGGGGCUGGCUCUCUGUCCCCGCCUCACCGGGGGUACCUCGCACCCUUGCGAUGGGGGUCCUAAGAGCCAGGGGGGGAAGAGGGGCUGGAUCUUACACCCCGCAUCAAGGGGGGUCCCGGCGAUGGGAGUCCUAAGAGCCACGGGGGAAGAGGGGCUGCCUCUCAGUCCCCGCCUCGCGGGGGGUGCCUGCUCCCCCUGCGAUGGGGGUCCUAAGAGGCAGGGGGGGAAAGGAGCUGGCUGUCAGUCCCUAUCUCGCGGGGGUGCCUCCCCCCUCCGGGAUGGGGGUCCUAAGAGCCAGUGGGGGAUGAGGGCCUGGCUCUCAAUACCAGCCUCGCGGGGGUGCCUCCCCUCCAGGCGUUGGGGAUCCUAAGAGCCAGGGGGUAAGAGGGGCAGGCUCUCAUUCCCCGCCUCGUGGGGGGUGGCUACCUCCCCUGCGAUGGGGGUCCUUAGAGCCAGGAGGGGAAGAGGGGCUGGUUCUCAGUCCCCGCCUCGCGGGGGAUGCCUCCCCGUGCUGCAAUGGAGGUCCUAAAAGCCAGGGGGGGAAGAGGGGCUGGCUCUCAGUCCCUGCCUCGCGGGUGGUCCUUCCCCCCGCUGCGAUGGGGGUCCUAAGAGCAAGGGGGGGAAAUGGGGCUGGCUCUCUGUCCCCGCCUCGCCGGGGGUGCCUCGCACCCUUGCGAUGGGGGUCCUAAGAGCCAGAGGGGGAAGCGGGGCUGGCUCUCAGUCACCACAGCAUGGGGGGCCUUUCUGUUCUGGUUUUGCCCAAGAGUAAGCUUAUUUGCAUCUGGUUCUAGCAGGGCAGUUGCUGCGAAGGCCCUCAAACAGGGGGGCUAUCCUUUAGAAACCAUGUCUAGCUGCUUAGAGAGGUAGGCCACCGGCCUCAGCCAGGGCCCCACAGUUUGGGUUAAAAGUCCAGCUGCCAUCUUUUCUCUGACGCAUACAAUGGAAAAGGCUUUGUGAGAUCGGGUAGCCCGUCGGCUGGGGCUUUCAGAAGUUUUUCCUUUAAGUCAUGAAAGACUUGCUGUUGUUGGAAUCCCCAUUCCAAAAGUUCCCAGUCCCCGCCCCCUUUGUGACGUCAUACAAAGGCGUGGCUAAUACUGCAAAGUUGGGCUCCGCAGUCUACAAAACCCCACAGCUCCUAGGAAUUCUCUCACCAGCCUUCUGCCCUUAGGCUCCGGAAGAUUGCAAAUGACCUGCUUUCUUUCGGAUCCCAGGCUGCUUUCGGACACCUGUCGAAUAGUAAAUCCCAAGUAAGCUACCUGCGGUCGUCGGCAGAUCUGAGUUUUCUUCUUGGCCACCUAAUACCCACAGCCCUCCAGAGACCGAGAGGUUGAUGUCACUCCCAAUAUCGGAGGAAGUAUACACCCCCGUGUGAGAUGUUCCUUAAUGAUAUUCCACAGCGGAGGGGGUGACAUGACUACAUACAUGGCAGAAAGUGGAAACCCCCCAGGGAUAUUAUUCCCACGAUCCUGGAGGGAAGAAGAUGAUGUUACUUUCAAUAUGAUAGAAGGUGGAUGAAGUGGUGGACUGCCCCUCCACACCUGUGGACACGCCCCCACUGAUAUUCCUUCUAAUUGCAACGUGGGAGAGGAGGAUAUGACAUGCGAUAUCGCAGGGAGUAGAAACACCCCUGUGAUACUGUUCUUCAUAUUCAGGGAGGAAGAGGAUGAUAUUACUCCCAAUACAGACGGGUGUACACCCUCUGUACAGCGAGGGUGUACACCUGUCUGUGAAAGAGUUCGUAAUCUCCAGAGAGGGAGAUGAUAUUACUCACAAUAUGGUAAAGAGGCUGUGAGUCCACGGAGGAUCCUCAGAGCCAGCAGGGGAAGAGGGGCUGGCUCUGAGACCCCGCCUCGCUGGGGGUGCCUCCCCCCACUGCGAUGGGGUUCCUAAGAGCCAGUGGGGGAAGAGGGGCUGGCUCUGAGACCCCGCCUCACGGGGGGUGCCUCCCCCCCCAGCGAUGGGGGUCCUAAAGGCCAGUGGGGAAAGAGGGGCUGGCUCUGAGACUCCGCCUCACGGGGGGUGCCUCCCCCCCCUGCGAUGGGGGUCCUAAAGGCCAGUGGGGGAAGAGGGGCUGGCUCUGAGACCCUGCCUCACGGGGGGUGCCUCUCCCCCCUGCGAUGGGGGUCCUAAGGGCCAGUGAGGGAAGAGGGGCUGGCUCUGAGACCCCGCCUCACGGGGGGUGCCUCCCCCCCUGCGAUGGGGGUCCUAAGAGCCAGUGGGGGAAGAGGGGCUGGCUCUGAGACCCCGCCUCACGGGGGGUGCCUCCCUCCCCUGCGAUGGGGGUCCUAAGAGCCAGUGGGGGAAGAGGGGCUGGUUCUGAGACCCCGCCUCACGGGGGGUGCCUCCCCCCCCUGCGAUGGGGGUCCUAAGGGCCAGUGGGGGAAGAGGGCCUGGCUCUGAGACCCCGCCUCACGGGGGGUGCCUCCCCCCAUGCGAUGGGGGUCCUAAGGGCCAGUGGGGGAAGAGGGGCUGGCUCUCUGUACCCGCCUUGCGGGGGGUGCCUCCCCCCCCUGUGAUGGGGGUCCUAAGAGCCAGGAGCAGAAGAGGGGCUGGCUCUCUGUACCCGCCUCGCAGGGGGUGCCUCCCCCUCCGUGAUGGGGGUCCUAAGAGCCAGAAGGCUUAGAGGGGCUGGCUCUCAGUCCCCGCCUCGUGGGGGGGUGCCUGCUCCCCCUGCGACGGGGAUCCUAAAGGCCAGUGGGGGAAGAGGGGCUGGCUCUGAGACCACGCCUCGCUGGGGGUGCCUCCCCCCACUGCGAUGGGGGUCCUAAGGGCCAGUGGGGGAAGAGGGGCUGGCUCUGAGACCCCGCCUCGCUGGGGGUGCCUCCUCCCCCUGCGAUGGUGGUCCUAAGAGCCAGGGGGGGAAGAGGGGCUGGCUCUCAGUCCCCACCUCGCGGGGAGUGCCUCCCCUUCCUGCGAUGGGGGUCCUAAGAGCCAGGAGGGGACGAGGGGCUGGCUUUCAGUCACCACAGCUUGGGGGGCCUUUAUGUUCUGGUUUUACCCAAGAGUCAGCUGAUUUGCUUCUUGUACUAGCAGGGCAGUUGCUGCCAAGGCCCUCAAACAGGGGGGCCAUCCUUUAGAAACCCUGUCUAGCUGUUUAGAGAGGUAGGCCACCGGCCUCAGCCAGGGCCUCGCAGUUUGGGUUUAAAGUCCAGCUGCCAUCUUCUCUCUGACGCAUACAGUGGAAAGGGCUUUGUGAGAUCCGCUAGCCCCUGGGCUGGGGCUUUCAGAAGUUUUUCCUUUAAGUCAUGAAAGACUUGCUGUUGUUGGAAUCCCCAUUCCAAAUGUUCCUGGUCCCCGCCCCCUUUGUGACGUCAUACAAAGGCGUGGCUAAUACUGCAAAGUUGGGCUCUGCAGUCUACAAAACCCCACAGCUCCUAGGAAUUCUCUCACCAGCCUUCUGCCCUUAGGCUCCGGAAGAUUGCAAAUGACCUGCUUUCUUUCGGAUCCCAGGCUGCUUUCGGACACCUGUCGAAUAGUAAAUCCCAAGUAAGCUACCUGCGGUCGUCGGCAGAUCUGAGUUUUCUUCUUGGCCACCUAAUACCCACAGCCCUCCAGCCUCCCAAAGUGCUGGGAUUGCAGGUGCGAGCCACCGGGUCCAGCCUCUCAGGCGAUUUUCAUACCUGCAUACUCUGAUCACUACUCUGUUAAACAGUCAAGGAGGGUAAGUAUUAUCUUCAGAUUUCCAGAGCUCUGUCUCUGUACAGCCCUCUCCUCCUCAAUAUUCUGCCCUAUGAAUUCUAGCCACAUUGGCCUUCCCAGACUCACAGUUCUGUCCUCUCAACUCAGGAAGAUCUCUGAGCUCCAUCUGCAUUCUUUCUUCCUGUGCUGUGGCCUGGAAAGUUUUCUAAGGUGUUUGGGAGGUCAAUUGUGGGGCUAGCCUCAUUUGUUUCUCAUUUCUUGAGGAUCACUGCCCUUUGAUGCUUGAUUCCAGUGAUUGAUUCCCUUUGUUGCUUGAGGGCCAUAGUUUCAUAUAUUUUGUCCAGUAUUUUUGUUGUUUUAGGUCAGAAAGUAAUUUUGGUCUCUGUUACUCCAUCUUGGCCAGAAGUGUAAGACCUAAGCAUUUACACAUCAAAAUAGUGCACACAUAAUUUUAGUUUAAGCUACUUUUUAAAAAAUCUCCUUCAUUUUCCAUUUAGCAUUCUAUUUAGGGUAUUACAUUGGUUUUUUUGAAAUUCUGUUACUGGCAGUUUCUAUUGCCUAUCAAUCCCAUUUAAAGAUAGUGCAUAGGGUAUUCUAAAAUAGCUGUUAAGCAAAGAGAAAAUUGGGCCUGAUAGGGUGAGAAUCACAGCUCUAAUACCUAGAGUGACCUUAUAAUGUAUUGUCCAAAGGAGAUAUUUUUGACAAUGAAAGAAGAGGGUGUUGUUAGUAAUUAUAUCAGGACCCUGGCCUAAACCAGGACUAUCCCAGGCAGCCUGGGACAUAUUUGUACCCCAUCUCUAUUUAAUGCCUUUAUACAAUUCUUUACUUAAUUCUACCAGCCUUUAUUGAGCCUGCUUUCUUUUUCUACCUGAGUGCCACGUGCUGACAUCACUAAGAUCAAUACAGCAAACUCUGAAAGAUGGACAGAGAGACAGGAGAUGGUCCUUUAUCAUGCAGUGUGAUCUGUGCUGCAAUAGAGGGUCUUGCUUUGUUGACCAGACCGUGACCUCCUGGGUUCAAGCGAGGACUCAGCCUCCUGAGUAGCCGGGACUACAGGAUCGUUUAUUUAUUUGGAGGCACAGCGCUCCCCCGGGGUGGCCAAGCUUGGAAGUCCUGUUCUUACAAAAUUGCUCACUGCCUCUACCCCAUGUCAGAUGCAGUUUUGGUAUCAUUUGUCUCAACAUUCAAAUCUCUCAGUUUUUACAAGAACGUCUCUAGAUGGAAACUUGCAAAAGCAAGGCAAAAUAAUCAGAUUCUCCGAAUCUCAGUGGAGCCACGCAAAAAUUGAUCUCAUUGCAGAAGCGGGAGAAUCUACUCUACCUUUUCAGUUAAUUUUGGAAGCUACUGUUUUGUCAUCAAAUGCUACCGUUGCUCUAGAUGACAUCAGUGUGUCCCAGGAAUGUGAAAUUUCCUAUAAAUCACUACCAAGGACCAGUACACAAAGCAAGUGGAGAGAGCCUGUUUUACGCUCUUAAUCUCAAUUUUGAAGCCAGAUUUGUGCCUGGUGAGGAUGCCGGUUGUAUUUCAUCCAGGAAGAUACGCGAUUUUCCAACUGAGUGCCCAAAGGGAGCACAUGAAACUAAUUGUUGUGAGUGCAUUACUGACUCCUUCAGCAGAUAUUUAUAUGUACAUAUUUACUCUCUGAACGUAAAGUGCACACUACUCAAGUGAGCAUUGUAUGAUGAAGACAGUCAGAACAGAGACCUCUGCAUGAUGGAAAUGACUUGCCGGUGAGAACAAACCAGAUUCUCUUUAAACUAGAGGCGAUGAAUGAAAACGUCCUGCUAACUUUCAGUUUUGCCCUGUUGGAGAAUAACAUUUGAAAUAUAUGCAGGAUAACGCUCAAAACACAAGAGCAAGGAUGUAUCUAGCCAGUCGUAGAAAAAUAAGUAACACAUGACACCACUUAUAUGAGGUAUCCAUGUAGUCAUAUUUGUAGAAUCAGAGUAAAAUUGUGGUAACCAGGUUCUGGGAGGAGAGGAAGUGGAAAAUUACUAAUCAACAGGCAUACAUUUUCAGUCAAACAAGAUGAAUAAGCUCUAGACAUCUGCUGUAUAACAUGGUAUCUAAAGUCAAUGACAAUGUAUUGUACACUUAAAAAUGUGUUGUGGGGGUAGAUCUGGCUGGAUGCAGUGGCUCAAGCCUGUAAUCCCAGCACUUUGGGAGGCUGAGGCAGGUGGAUCACUUGAGGCCAGGAGUUCAAGACCAGCCUGGCCAACAUCACAAAACCCCAUCUCUACUAAAAAUAUAAAAAUUAUCAGGGCAUGGUGGCACACACCUGUAAUCCCAGCUACUCAGGAGGUGCAGGUUGCAAUGAGCUGAGAUCACACCACUGCAUUACAGCCUGGGUGACAGAGAGAGACCCUGUCUGCCACCCCCCCAUAAAAAAGAGGGUAGAUCUUAUAUUUUCUUAUCACAAUAUAUGUAUUAUAAACAUUUAUUUAUUAAAUUAUUUUUAACAUCAUA